UGGUCUAUAAAGUAAAGAUGGAGAAAACAAACGGAUCCACCAGAACAUUGAAGACCUCACGACGCACCACUGUCUCUGGCCAUAAACAUCUUCGAGCCCAGAGGCCAUACACAACGGCUUCGAAGACGAGGUCCUACCAGAGAAUACACAUGUUGAUCGUGAGAUAUGGGCGAAUGGGAUGGAUGAUGUUUUCGUUGAGAUGAUGUAUGGGGACUCCAUUAGUGGUGCACUACGAGCAGGCAAGAUCAUAAGUAGGGACCACGCUUUGUACGCUUAACGCCUUUCUGCUCUGGGUACAAAGAUGUUGGAUGCGGACCAAGUCAAUGGCAAAAUACAAAGGUUGAAGAAGAGGCAGCAGUAGUUCACCGAUCUCAUGGGCUAAACAAAUAUGGGAUGGGACCCUGACACCAAAACGGUAAUAGCCAGUGACGAGUACUGGGCAAAUACCAUUAGGGUGAAAUCAGACUGGAAGUAUUUUCAGAACGCAGGGUGCCCAAAGUAUGUGGAGUUUUGCACCAUUUUUGGCACGUUUGUCGCCAUUGGAACACUUCACCACUCUUCAGCCCAACUAGUGCCAACUAGUGAUGAGGAGCGUUUGCUUGAUGUAGAGAUGCGAAGUCAGGGCCUAGCAUUGGGCACGCAGUCAAGAGUGGAGGUUGAUAUUGAUGACAUAGAUGUUUCCAUGGGGAUACCUUCUACAGGACCAUACACACACUCGUCACGUUGGCGUCAAAAUAAGGGGGAGCGAAUAAGGAAGGUUGAGGAGGAGUUAUUGGACUUCCUCGGUGUGAUGAAGGAAACAAAUUUAGCACGACAGAAGUGCUAUGAGGAGAGAGGUUUGGCUUCCUUAGCAAAGCAUAGCAAGGGCUCGACGCCGACCAUGGACAUCAAUGACGGAUGGGAUCCAUUUGCGCAUUGUGUGGAAUUGUUGCAUUCAAUGCAGCCGAAGUUGCCGUAUGAGAAUUUUUUUUGUGCAUUCAACCAACUACGUGAUCCCAUAAUCCAGCAGGGCUUUUUAGCCAUGAAUGAUGAGCAUAGUCAUGCAUGGGCCAUGCAAUGUUGAUCUGGUGCAGUUGUUUUUACUGCUUUUAUGUCAUUUUCUUUAUAUCAUUCUGUAUUAAGACUUUUUACUGCUUCA